CUCGCGGUUCUCUUCUUCUUCUUCUACUUCUACUUCUACUAAUUGCUUCCUUUUCCUCUUCUCUUUAAGGUUUCAGCUUAUCAGUAAUGGCGUAGCUAAAUCUCUUUCUCUUUUGAUGUUUCUUUAUCUUCUCCCUCUCAGAACAUACGCGCAGAUCUUUGUUCAAACGAACUUCUUCGACUUAUCUAAAUCUGGUUCCGAUUUCUUCAUAUCCUCUGAAUCUUUGACAGAACUUGUUAGUAUUUUGAUUUUCUUUCUUAACAAAUUCGUCGAAAAAAACCUGUGUCGGAAGUGUGGGAUUGAGUUCGGUCUGAAUAUUUAAGGUUAGAAACAUGCGUGUCCAGAUGGAACAUUGUUAAGGAGAAUAGUUGUUAUUGAAUAGUUUAUAUUCAGCUCUAAUGAAGAACGGACAGAGCACACAGGAGAUGCAGUCUUCUACACAAGUCUCACAUGAGUCCCAAGGCGAACAGAAAAACAACCAGUCGUUAGAAGCUCCUAUUCAAGAUUCUGGUUCUGUCUCUGCCUCAAGUAAUGACGGUAGGAAAGUUUCAAGGCAAGAUAUUGAACUUGUCCAAAAUUUGAUAGAGAGAUGUCUACAGUUGUACAUGAACAGAGAUGAGGUCGUGAAGACCCUCUUGACCCGUGCAAGAAUUGACCCUGGAUUCACAACUCUAGUAUGGCAGAAACUGGAAGAAGAGAACGCAGAUUUUUUCAGAGCAUAUUACAUCAGACUGAAACUGAAGAAGCAGAUUAUUGUAUUCAAUCAUUUGCUUGAGCACCAGUAUCACCUCAUGAAGUAUCCUGUUCAUCCAAAAGUUCCAUUGGUCCCAAUGCAGAACGGGAUUCACCCCAUGGCACCUGUUAACAACAUGCCCAUGGGAUACCCAGUACUACAACAUCCUCAAAUGCAUGCUCCAGGUCAUCAUCCCCAUCUUGAUCCAAUGGGGUUAGGAAUGCCGAGCUGUCACGUGGUUAAUGGUGUCCCUGCACCUGGGAAUUUCCAACCAAUGAGGAUGAACUCAGGGAAUGAUAUGGUAAUAGAUACAACUGUGGCUGAUCCAACUCCAAUGAUUCCACCAAACAAUGGUAUGUCAUCAGUGUCGGAGAUGCCAGUGAGUCCAGCUUCCGUGGCGUCAAGUGGACAUUUCCCUUUUGCUGCUUCAGACAUGUCAGGCAUGGGAAUGGACACGUCAGCUCUUGAUUCUGCUUUCACAUCUGAUGUGGGGACUUCAGUGGGGUUACAGCUUGGACCAGAUGGAGGAGCUGGAAAUUCCAGAGACAAUCUCAGGCCAUUUGAUCAGAUGACUUGGAACUUUAGCCUCUCUGAUCUCACUGCUGAUUUGUCAAAUCUUGGAGAUCUAGGAGCGUUAGGAAACUAUCCUGGUUCCCCAUUUCUACCAUCUGAUUCAGAGAUUUUACUUGAUUCUCCGGAACAAGAUGACAUUGAGGAAUUCUUUGUGGAUUCGAUCCCAGGGCCUUCAUGUCCUCAGUCAGAUGAAGACAAGCCUUAGUUCCCAUUAAUCUCAAGUCUUAGUCAUGCCAUGAUAAUCUUCUGAUCAAUAGCAACUAAGCAAACAAGGAAGGUGUUACUGGUUCCUGGCUUUUCAGCUUAUAAUAGAAAACUUCCUAAAAUGAAUCAUAGGGUUUUCAUGAUCUCUUUGUUCCUGACUAAAAGAUUAAUUGGUUAGUAGUAAUCAGUUGUAUUUGAACCUUUUUUUUUUAUUUUGAGAAUGUGUAAGCAAGUAGAGACCAUAUCAUUGUAUAAUAAUAUGUCUCAGUAAUCUAUAUCUGUUUCCCCCCAUUUUCAGUUGUAUUUGAACCUUUUUUUUCUUUUUUUGAGAAUGUGUAAGCAAGUAGAGACCAUAUCAUUGUAUAAUGAUAUGUCUCAGUAAUCUAUAUCUAUU